AUGGCUAUCUGUGAAGAAGGAAACUACUAUCCUCCUGGGUGUCUCUCGGUUGCUCGUUUGGUGGGCAUCAUUCUCUCCUGCAUUGCUGCUGUUCUCUUGACCAUCUCCCUUGUCCUCUAUCUCACGCGAAGAAAGAAAACCAUGGGCACUGCUACUGUCGUUGAAAUUCCCAUGAACAACGUUGGUUACCAACAAGCCUAUGCUCCUCCUCCAGGACAACCUCCCUAUUUUCAACCAGGCUACAACCAAGGCUACGUUCCACCCUACAACCAAAGCUACGACCCUGGCUAUAGCACCCAAAACUACUAUCCUGCUCCUCCUGCUCCUCCUCCAAAUUCCUCUAAUCCUUUUGAAAACAACCAGGGUCUUACUCCUCCUUCUGGCCCUCCUCCAACUUACAAAAAUUGA